AUCAAGGUGAGCUUAUAUUUAUAACUGAAAGCCUGAAUUCUCCAAAUACACACAAUUUUUUUUUUUUACUUUAUUUUUUUCUGUAAAGGGCCUAAACCGUGAAGAAUAUAUUAAACUUCAAGUGUUAUUUCACCUGCUUAACAGGGAUGAGUAUAUUAGUAACUAGGAAGUAGUUUACAUCAGAAGAGAUAUUUAAACAAGGAGAUAAAUGGUCCUGCAAACUUCUAGAUGGGAAAAUAUGAGUAUUCUAGAGCAUCAUUUUCAAAAGAAACAAGACACUUUUCUCUUGAUGUGAGAAUAAGAUAUUAGGACCUGUGUUUCUGUUUUUUAAUCCAAGAAUAUUAGAAAUUACGCUGUACUAAUAUUUCAUAUAUGGCUUGACAUUAGUGCCCUAACUUUUUCCUUAUGUAUAUCAAGUUUCAUAGAUUAUAUGAGAAUCCCCACAAAAAUAGUGGGAGUUACACGAAUGUAUAGAAGUUAACAGUGGCAUCUUCACUUUUCAUUUGUUAGCUUUAAGUGCAUUUUUAAUAUAGUGCAGUUUAAACGUGUCAGGAUUUAUGGAUUAUGUUACCUUAAAUUAUUUAACAUUCAUUCCUUCAACGAAUUUUUAUUGAUCACAUGCUAUGUGCCAGUCACUGUUCUAGGUGCUAUGAAAGACAGCAGUGAACAAAUAAUACUUCUCUAUUCUCAUGAAGAUCACAUUUGAGCGAAGAGAGACAAUGAAAAAAUAAAAUAUGUCAGAUUUCAACUAUUGCAGAAAGUGAAGAUUCACAGGAGUCAGUGGAUAGUGUAACUGAUUCCCAAAAACGAAGAGAAAUUCUUUCAAGGAGGCCUUCCUACAGGAAAAUUCUGAAUGACUUAUCUUCAGAUGCACCAGGAGUGCCAAGGAUUGAAGAAGAGAAGUCUGAAGAGGAGACUUCAGCACCUGCCAUCACCACUGUAACGGUGCCAACUCCGAUUUACCAAACUAGCAGCGGACAGUAUAUUGCCAUUACCCAGGGAGGAGCAAUACAACUGGCUAACAAUGGUACCGAUGGGGUACAGGGCCUGCAAACAUUAACCAUGACCAAUGCAGCUGCCACUCAGCCGGGUACUACCAUCCUACAGUAUGCACAGACCACUGAUGGACAGCAGAUCUUAGUGCCCAGCAACCAAGUCGUUGUUCAAGCUGCCUCUGGAGAUGUACAGACAUACCAGAUUCGCACAGCACCCACUAGCACCAUUGCCCCUGGAGUUGUUAUGGCAUCCUCCCCAGCACUUCCUACACAACCUGCUGAAGAAGCAGCACGAAAGAGAGAGGUCCGCCUAAUGAAGAACAGGGAAGCAGCACGAGAGUGUCGUAGAAAGAAGAAAGAAUAUGUGAAAUGUUUAGAAAACAGAGUGGCAGUGCUUGAAAACCAAAAUAAGACACUCAUUGAGGAGCUAAAAGCACUUAAGGACCUUUACUGCCACAAAUCAGAUUAAUUUGGGAUUUAAAUUUCACCUGUUACGGUGGAAAAGGACUGGCUUGGCCACAACAAGAAAGACAAAAUAAACAUUUUAUUUUCUAAACAUUUCUUUUUUUCUAUGCGCAAAACUGCCUGAAAGCAACUACAGAAUUUCAUUCAUUUGUGCUUUUGCAUUAAACUGUGAAUGUUCCAACACCUGCCUCCACUUCUCCCCUCAAGAAAUUUUCAGCACCAGGAAUCAUGAAGAGACUUCUGCUUUUCAUCCCCCUCCCUCUUCAAGAAGUAAUCAUUUGUUUACUUGUAAAUUGAUGGGGGAAAUGAGGAAAAGAAAAUUUUUUAAAAAUGAUUUCAAGGUUUGUGCUGAGCUCCUUGAUUGCCUUAGGGACAGAAUUACCCCAGCCUCUUGAGCUGAAGUAAUGUGUGGGCCGCAUGCAUAAAGUAAGUAAGGUGCAAUGAAGAAGUGUUGAUUGCCAAAUUGACAUGUUUUCACAUUUUCAUUGUGAAUUAUGUAAAAUUGUUAAGGAACAUACCCUCUAAAAAAGAAUUUUAGUAUGGUGUUGAAGAAAUUAAGAAUGAAUUCGGAGUGCUUUCUAUGUACAUUCUCUUCUUCAAUACUGAAAACUUGUCCUUGGUUCUUAAAAACAUUCUGUGUUAACUAUAGCUCUUCCAUAGGGCAGUUGUUGCUUCUUAAUUCAGUUCUGUAUGUGUUCAACAUUUUUGAAUACAUUAAAAGAAGUAACCAACUGAAUGAAAAAGCAUUGUAUUUUAAUUUUAAAUUAAAUUGAAGUAAAUAAAAGUACAAAGCUUGUUUUAGUUAGUACUAAAUUCUUAGUAAAAAGAUGCUCAUUAGUAAACCAGCCCCUUGAGUUAUAUAACAAGGUUUUUAAAUAAAUGUUUUUGUCAUCGCCUUCAGAAAAUAAUUAUGUCACUCAUUUACUUAAAAAGAUAUUUCUAAUUAAACUGUUCACAUUUGCACUUACAUUAUACCACCAACAGGAAAGCCUUCAAGAUGUUAAAUAAAACAAAAUGAUAUAUUUGUUUAUAAAAUGUAAUGUGUUGUAGAAAAAUACUGAUUUGAAAUCUUUUCCAUAUUAACAUACUUUAAGAGUAUCUCUGGUGAAUUUUUUAAUGAAAGAAGUUGUAAGGAUAUAGUUAUAAAAAGUACAGUAUUAGAUGUACACAAGGAAGGCUAUUUUCUUCAGACAUAUUUGAAUGACUGCUGUACUACAAUAUUUGGAUUGUCCUUCUUGCAAAACAUUUUUUUGGUUUGUUUUCUCCUAAAAAGGAUAGUUGUGCUUUAGCUUUUCAAUAUACUGUAUAGCCUUUGUCAUUCUGCAAAGGAGCUACCUGUUUGAAUCCCUGACUAUAAUAGUCUGUAUUUAUACGUAUCAUACAUUGUUUCCAGUACUACUACUAAUUAUUAAUUACUCAUCUUAUUCACUAGGCUUGAUAAAUCUAAAAGUUACCCUUUAAAAGAAAAAUAGGAUUAAGGUGGAUUUUAAAAAUUGGAGACUGACAUAAUCUUAGAUAUAAUUUCUCAUUUGAGGUUAUUCCUUUUAAAAGAAGAGUAUAGAAAAUUAAUGUUUUAUAUUUAGUCAUGGGUUACUUUUAAACAUUGUUUGUUAAUAUGUUAACAAAAUAUGCAGUCAUGGGUGUUAUUGGGUCCAUUUUGAAAAGUAAGAUUUUUAAUUAAUAUUUGUAUAUGGUAUAUUUUUGUUUGUAACAAACCAUUGUCUUUUUUCAAGGGUGAACAGAGUUUAUGAAGGAGCAUCAUUCUAAGAAUUGAGUGAUUGUAGUCUUAUAUUUGGACAAUUCACCAGAUUCUCAAGAAGGCUUUCAAACGGCUGUAAAGUUUGAUGUUUAUCCUGCUGAGCUAAUGGGGAAAGUUGUAGCAUAAAAAUUAUUUGUAUACCAGCUUAGAUAUGUCAUUUUCCAAACUUCAACAGAAACUAAGCAAAAUCACAAGUCUGUUCACAAAUUAGAAUUCUUAAUGAGUCAAAAUGUUUUGAAUGUCAUAAACUUUAUAAAUGAAAAUUGCCUAGUAUUUAGCACGUUGUAUUCUCUAAAGUAAACCGUUUUCCAAAAGUUGAGGCAUUCUGUUUAAUUAGGAAAGUUGAUGGUCCUCUUAGUCCCCGAUAAAUCAAGGCAGUCACAUCCGUAUGAGCGGGUUGAAUUUAUAAGUUUUUAUAAAUACCAGGUCCUUUGUACCUUGAGGAAGAUUGCACUGGUUUGAAGUCAGUUACUUCAUGGUGAGGUAAGAAAUAUAUUCUGUUGCUAAAUCUGUUUUAGACCCUUUAAGAGACUUGAAGGUAUUUCAGUUUAUACAGAUAGAAAUUAAGCAUCUUUUGUGCGGACUUUUCUUUUUUUUACAAGAAUUGGAAAAAGGGUGUUUGUUUUUAAAAAAGCAUGCAACUUUGAGAAUCUUUAUUAAGAAAAUGACAUAAUUAAAAAAAAAUCUUGUAGCCAAGAACUAUAAUAUAUGGCCACAUUACCAGUAAUAAAUGUUUUUUCUCUUCAUAUUGGCCAAAAGGGAAUGAAAACAUCAUCAUAGGAAUCUGUACAUAUGCUACUGAUUUGCCUAGAAAAUAGCAAGUUUGGUAUCGCUUACUUUGCAAAUAUAGGGCCAUGUGGCACUUUUAUCUAUAGGACAGAUUAACUCUAAUAAAAAUGAAGUGGGAGGGGUUUAUUUUUGAUAUAUUACUCUUAUGAGUUUUCAAGCUUUGAUAGUGUUUAACUGAAAAGUGGUUUAGAAAGGGCUAGAUCCAAUGUGUUCACAUUAUUAAAAAAUUGAUAUCAGAUAUAAUUUUAAUUUCAUUCUUUUCAAACUCAAGUACCAUAUUGGCAACCAUCAUAUUGUCAUAGGUGCUCUGUUCAUUUAGAUAUUAUGGGGGGGGAAUGGCAUUUGUAUAAUAUAUGUGUACAUAUAUAUAAAUACAUACAGUAUAUAAUCUGAAGCUCUGAGAGCUCUUAAGUCAGGAAUGCUGAGUAUUAUAGUAUAUUGAGAUCAGAUGAAAUUUUACAUUUUUGUGUGUUCUAUUGCAUCCCUUUUAGUAGUUUCUUGGACUGCAUUACUCCAGCACUCAUUGAUUUUUGUCUUCUGAUUUUCUUCCAAGUAUUUUUUUUUAUUGUUAGUUUUCUUUGGCUUGAUACUUUUACAUAUGUUACUAGUCACUUGAAAACUCCCCCACCCCUGAAGUAUUUGGUUUUUAUGCUUUGUCUCUGGCAGCUAUAACAGUGGUAAGAACGUUUUGAAGAUAGCUUCUAAAAGGUACCACUGAUUUUUCAAAACUCAUCCUGGGGGACGAAUUAUGGUGUUUUCAUUUGAGCAGGGAUUUUGUCAGAAAGUGUGUUUUGGAUGGUAGGUCAGCAGCAGCGCUAGUGUCUGAAAGUGCACACCAGUCAGGCAGGCUGUGUGAUCAGAGGUCAUCUGGCUGAAGUUUCUCUCGGUCUCUCAGGCCUCAUCCCUACUAUCAUUUUGACCACGUGGGGUGACAUGUGGAAUCAUACAAAGGCUUAGGAAGAAACAACAAGUUUGUUUAAACCAGGAUGCUUUUACUUACUUGAAGUGACUUCAAUCUAGAUUUCUUCUUGACAUUUUUUAAAUGUUUUUAAUUUUAUGAUCAGCUACAGUCAGCUACUAGCAUAAAUUGGUCUCUUUAAUUUGAAGAUCAAAAAGGCUGCUUCAUUUUGCAGGAUUAAAUAAGGCUAAUAUGGUAAAGUUAAGAUUUUGAAUUAAAGUGGGUUAUAAGAACAAUAGUUACACACCUUUUCAGUUAUUCCAAGAGGCUUUAUUUUGUUGCCUUUGUGGCUCUGAAAACUUUCGGUAUAUUGUUUCCCAUUGACCUAAUACAAAAGUUGUAUAUUUAUUUGGAUUAUAUUUACAUUGUAUUCUUUGUAAAUGUUUGGUGUAACUUGCACUUUUAAAAAUGACCCAGAUGGGUAUUAGCAACUUGAGAAGUUCCCUCAUCAAUUAAUUGUCAACUGACUUUUUAUGUCUUUCUCCUCUCUUCAAAUCAUGUGACUUUUUAAAUGGAAACUUUUCAUUAAAAUAUUUUAGCACCUAAAGGCUAGUCUUAUAAAUAGCUGUAAAAGAAAAAUAACAGGAAAUUAGAUUUGACUAGCCCAGUUAAUUAAAAGAUGAGUUUGGACCCAAUGUUAACUCUUUUUCAUCAUGGAUAAAGACAGAAGGAAAAGCAACUUGAGUGAAUAGAUAUUUAUUUCCAACGUUGAUGUUGUCUGUAGGAUAUCAAGAUAUCCGUGAAUUUGUCCAGAACAGUAAAAUAUUUUUCAGAGUAAUUAC